AGUGAGGCCCCAAUCAAUGGCGUUCGCGACGACGCGGGUUAGCUCGGCCAGACGCGCUUGCUAAAGUGCAGACGCGACCACCGAAGAGCAACUCUAAACCCGGUAUUCUCUACCAACCCCGACUUUCUUGUGUCGAUUGCAACUUCAUUUCUUCAUCCCAUCUGGGCGCUCAAUCUAUCUACAUUUAAUGAGCGCCCAUUCUAGAGGCGAACCCCGUUUUCCGUGCGACUUUUUCUUGGGGCAUGACAUAUUCCCAGCACCGUCGCCUUUUGAACAGCUUUGGCUGCCGCCGCGAGACUCUUGCAGUCGUUAGGCUCUUUUUUCCAUCCAUGGGGUCAACAGCUGUGCUCAUGAUGCCCGAGAAAUUGAGUUCGCCAGCAUUCGCGCAACGUCGACCAUUGCAUCCAUUCUUCGAAUUAAACCGCCUAACAGGCCCCGCCGCAGAGAGCCUCCCCGCAAACGACACAUCCGGAGAGGCCGACGAUAUUUCACUGCUUCCUGACGCAGCCGCCGAGAAGUCUGGAAAUGACGUCUCAGAGAAAUCAAGUGGUCCUCGCGCCAAGCGACGCAAGGUUGACCCCGAACUGGACACCGUCGAUGAGGAGCCCAAAAAACAGCGAUCAAAGAAGAGGGUGAAAGUUUCUGUACCUAAUGGCAUUGAGAAUCACUUUGUAAAAGUGGGCAAAGGCGAUGCUAGUGCAGCAGACAAGGAUGACACUGAGGUUCAAAUCCCGGAUAGUCCACCAGAGGAAAACGCCGCUCCAGCUGCUCCAUCCCAGGAUGAGCAAGGGAAUGGCCUUCACACGGAUGCUUUUUCUGAUAUUAGCUCAUUGGAUCAGCAGCCUGGUAAAACCCUCGCGGGUACAGGCCCCUUGCUGCAAACACAGUCAUCAACUCCGGAGAGUGACUCGACAAAACCAAAGAAGAUGCUGGUGUUCAACCCUAGGACGGGAACCAUUGGCUCGCCACCCAAGCCUAAGCAGCCAAAGAUCUUGGGGGGGAAGCCAGGCGAGGGUGGAAAGAAGGAAUCUCUUGACCCAAGCACCAAGCCGUCGUCGAGAAUCGUGGCCAUUAAGUAUGGCACCAAUUCCGACUCGCGCAUCGAAAUUGGUGAAAGGAUUGGCGCCAUUAUCAGUGGGCAGUCCCAGAGUCUGCCAGUGAAACCCAAGAAGCCGGCCCAACCUGCCAGUACCAGCACAAAUCUCAACCCAACAAAGACUACACAUCCAUUUUUCUUGGCCAAGGCUAAGAAUUCCGACGCAGCUCCUAGCGAGGCAAAGACCGCUAGCUCCGGGCCGCCCCCGGCGCCAGUAAGGGCAAAAACCUUCAGCUCAACGCCUUGCUCGCCCAAAAAGCCCCGUGCUAGCACUUCGGGUGUGCGGCUGCCGCAGUUUGGCGUGAAGAACUCCGGCCUCAAGUUCCCGGGCUCCAGACUGCCGGCGUGGCCUUGGAAAGAUAUGGUUCAUGUGAGAGAUAGCGGCUAUCAGUUGGAUGAUAUCCAUACUACCUCGCCGCUCCCAGCUCGGAAGUCUAAAGGGCAUGCAGUGGAGGUUCCUGUGUCGGAGUCUAUUGUCAGCCUUGUAACGAAAGCUCUGCAGGUUCCAGCCAUGGUGGAUGCUGUCCGAAAUUUCAACACCGACGACUUCCUUCCCGCGCCCCCUGAGCUUCGUCUACCUCAGAAACACUUCGAAAGUGGUAGCAAGUUGCAAUCUGGCAUCAAUCCUGAGUUGAAAACCUUCCAGAGAUCCGCAGCAACCAAGAAGGCAACUCAGCGCAAGGCCUUGGUGGAGGGGGGUGAUGGAGGCAUACAAGCCCCGCCGGAGCUUGCCCGCCUCUUUCAUUCCAUUUCCACUUCCCUUUCGGCUUUCGAUAGGUUUCAGUGUGAGACUGCCAGUUGGGUUCAGAAGUACGCCCCUAACAGCGCGAUCGAGGUCCUCCAGCCAGGCCAGGAGGCUUUCCUCUUGCGAGAUUGGCUUCAGGCUUUGAUGGUUCGGUCUGUAGACACGGGCUUGGCAGAGGCCGAAAAGCCGAAGGCUGGUUCGUCAAAGGUGAAGGGUGUAGGAGGGGCCGGUGGCAAGAAGAAGAGGAGGAAAAAGCUUGACGGGUUCAUUGUGUCGAGUGAGAGCGAAGAUGAUGGACUUGACAUUUUGUCAGACGAAGAAGCCGACUGGUCCCCAAGCGGGAAAGCUGGUAUAUACAGAAAGACCGUUGUCCGGUCCAUUGAUUUGGCAAAGACUGAGGCCGAUAAAAUCGCCAAUUCACUUGUCAUCAGUGGUCCCCAUGGAUGCGGCAAAACUGCGGCCGUAUAUGCGGUUGCAAGAGAGUUGGACUUUGAGAUCUUUGAGAUCAAUUCGAGCAGCCGGAGGAGCGGAAAAGACGUCUUGGAGAAGAUUGGUGACAUGACAAGAAACCAUCUUGUGCAACACCACCCGUCAGCCGCUCGUGGAGAGGAGGGCGACGAGCCAGCAAUAGAGGACGAAAUCGCCAAAGACUUAAAAUCCGGCAAGCAGUCGACAAUGGGCGCAUUUUUCAAGCCCAAAGCUGCCGCGACCAAACCGAAAAAGGUGGCCAAAGUUGUUGCCCCUGUUCAGCAAAAAGAAGCCAAAAAGGAGCAACCAAAGAGUCAGAAACAGUCUCUAAUUCUUCUCGAAGAGGUUGAUAUUCUCUACGAAGAGGAUAAGCAGUUUUGGGCUACUGUCAUUGGCCUUGUUAUCCAAUCGAAAAGGCCAUUUGUCAUGACCUGUAACGACGAGACUCUUCUGCCUCUCCAGGCACUCCGACCUCACGGAAUUUUCCGGCUCAGUGAACCGCCACGAGAGGCUGCGAUUGAUCGCUUGAUCCUCAUCGCAGCAAAUGAAGGGCAUGCCUUGACACGACAGGCUGUCGAAACCCUUUACGAGUCUCGCAACCGGGAUCUUCGUGCGGCCACGAUGGACUUGCAAUACUGGUGCCAGAUCGGCGUGGGAGACCGCAAAGGCGGCCAAGACUGGUUCUAUCCCCGCUGGCCAAGGGGUUGUGAUAUUGACGAAAACAACGAGGUUGUCAGAGUUGUAAGUCAAGGAACAUUCCAGCCGGGGAUGAACUAUCUGGGCCGUGACAGCGUUGUUGAUCCCAAGAUCUCCUCGAGGCUUGUCGAGGAAGAGCUGUUACAACAAGCUUGGGAUUCCUGGGGUAUUGACAUGGGGCACUGGCAAGACUCGGCUGGGUUCUCGUCCUGGGUUGAGACUUUGAGUCCGGUUGUCGCCAACCCUACGGAACGUCUUGCUGCUCUAGAAGCUAUGGAUGAUCUCGCCGAAACGUUGAGUGUGGCAGACAUUUGCUCCUGCAAGUCGUUCGCCAUAAUGAAUCAGGAACAACUCGAUGCCACUCUCCCGGAAAUGCCAGCAAAAACACGAGAAGACUUGAUUCUUGGAUUCAUGCACCUCGAUGCACAACCUGUAGCAAAUGGUAACUGGGUUACCGCGUCGAUGGCGGCUACGAUGAAAUCUCUCGCAAAAUCAGCACUGCAAACCAAGGUCGAAAACCUACAAGGGCGCCCCGCUACGGAACUUGCUCCCCUGAACGAGUCACAGGCCGUCGACUCAAUACAGGCCAGCUUUAACUCUGUACUGCCUGGAAUGCCAGCCAUUGCACGUAUUGACUUUGCCAUGGCUUUUGAUGUCAUUGCUGCUCCGGAUGUUGCCCCUCUGCAACCAUCCUCAUAUCUAGAGCCUUCAGUGUUUGAUCGAACGUUCGAGCUCAUCGUCCUCGACGUGGCCCCUUACGUCCGAGGCAUUGUCGACUACGACUCGUAUCUACAGAAACAGCGGCUAAAACUGAGCACGCUAUUGAGCGAGGGCGGGAGAGGGUCCCGGGGUUCAAAGCGCAUGCGGACCACAAGAUCUGCCCUGUCGGCUCUCGAGGGUGGCUCGCGCAGCACCACGCGAGGAGAGAAAUGGUUCAAGGUAGAUAUCAAUCCCAUACUGGCCACCAAGACUGCCGGAACGGGAUGGAGCAGCGUUCGUGCGGAGGAGAGUGUAGCCCCAAGCAGCCCCCCAAGGAGUUCCCCGAACGCGUCACCCGAACCCUCGCCGAAGCGUUCCAUCAAGAAAGCCAGGGGCCGGCCCCGGAAAAAAGUUGUUUUGGAGGAUAUCGGUGACGAGUUGGGCAAUGAUGUGUAGGCAUGUCGUUAGCUGUGUUUAGUACGUGUGGGCUUAGUUUUUGUUCUGCUUUCUAGCCAAAUCAAGAAAGCUGGAAUAGUUCUCAGUAGCAUAUAUAUAUACUAGCCUCUGAUGGGGGAUAUAACAAUGAAUAGAUGGAUGAUGAAUCUCAAAUCUGUUAUCUGCCUAG